CCGUUCAGCCACCAUCCGAUUUGAUCCGAGAUUGCUCUCCUCGAGCUACUGUUGACCCUUGGAAGCGCAGAGGAAGAGAAGAAUGCCGUGCCUCAAUCUCUCUACCAACGCCUCCCUCGACGGCGUCGACACCUCGGCCAUCCUCUCCGUGGCCUCCAAGACUGUCGCCAGGCUCAUCGGAAAGCCAGAAGCCUAUGUGAUGGUGGUGCUUAAGGGGUCGGUGCCGAUCUCCUUCGGUGGCAACGAGCAGCCUGCGGCGUACGGCGAGCUGGUUUCCAUCGGCGGCCUCAAUCCCGACACCAACAAGAAACUGAGCGCUGCCAUCGCGGAAAUCCUCGAGACCAAGCUGUCCGUCCCCAAAUCCCGCUUCUUCCUCAAGUUUUAUGACACCAAGGGUUCGAACUUCGGGUGGAAUGGAUCCACUUUCUAGGGUUUGGGUGGCUUGAUUCCUUAGAUCGUCAAAGUUGGGUGGUAUAAAAUGCUAGUGUCUACUGAACAUGAUAAUUUGAUCUGUUUCUGAGACUUUUGUCUAUGGUUUUCCAUCAUCUCAAGAGAUCUACACUCUGUUUACUGUUUUGCAUUAUGGUAAUCGAUGGAUAUGCCCUUAAUGUUUUCUAAA